CCAAAAGACCCUUAAAUAGGGAAGUCCUCUCCUCCGUGUGCAGUGCUGCUCUUGCUACAUGAGACCCGGGACAGAGGACUGCUGUCUGCCCUCUGCGGUUGCCCUGCCUAGCUUGAGGAUCCGUUGCCCAGCCAUGAGGACCCUCACUCUCCUCACUGCCGUUCUCCUGCUGGCCCUCCAGGCCCAGGCAGGGCCACUCCAGGCAAGAUGUGAUGAGGCUGCAGGCCAGGAGCAGCGUGGGGUCAACGACCAGGACAUAUCUAUUUCCUUUGCAUGGGACAAAAGCUCCGCUCUGCAGGUUUCAGGCUCAACGAGGGCCUUGGCCUGCACUUGCAGAUUAGUGUACUGCCAGCAAGGAGAACGUCGUGCUGGGAGCUGCAUCAUUGGUGGUGUGGGCUUCACAUACUGCUGCUCGCUUGAAGAUUAAUAUUCUGCUGUCCAAGAGAAUGCCAUGCAUCAUCAGUGGUGAGGGCUUCACAUUCUUCUGCAGCUGAGAUUGCAGAAUAAGCCCGUCAAUUGUUUUGAGAGCUACAGG